CACGAACCGCGGGGCUCGCGCCGUGACAGAGUUCCGCCCCCAGCGCCCCCAUUUCUCUCUGGCACUUCGGGGACUUCUUGAUUUGUCGUGUGUCGGGAUUGACCCUACUCCAAAAUGUGUCAUAGGACUUGACGAUUUUAAUGAAGUUUGCUGCAAGACUGUCGUGAUUUCACCUCUUUCCGAUUGGUGCCUCUAAGUGUGAAACUCUAAACAGCUGCACAAUGGACAUCGAGUCUGUGUACUCUGCAGAGUCAGUCUACUCGUCGGAGGCCUCCGAUAGCGAGCUCCUCAGCAUGCUGACCAGUGUCACCCUCAAUGGAAUGGACCUGGAUGGACAUGAGCUGCACCAACGUCUUGCCGAGCAGCCACCAUCGCAGAGGGCUGAGCUGGAGGCAGUGCACGCAACAAACAACAGACUGACCCGGCUUCCCACCCUGCUGCCUGCCUUCCCGGCACUACGGAUGCUCAACCUCAGCCACAAUCGGCUCACUGAGGUGUCUGAUGCCAUCCUAGCCCUGCCAGCACUCACAAACCUGGUUCUCAAGCACAAUGAUCUGGGUAAUGCCUCCCUGCCAAAGGACUUUGGACUGCUGCGGCACUUACGAGAGCUGAACAUCAGUGGAAACAAUUUCACUCAAGUUCCGCCGCAGGUGUUGGAGCUGGUCAACCUGUCCGACCUGUACAUGGCCUCUAACCAGCUCGAGUGUGUCCCUGAGAACAUCCAUCGACUGCAGAGGUUACGCGUUCUUCAGCUUGGUGGUAACAACCUGACCUCAGUUCCCGCGACACUGGGGAACCUCACCAUACUACAGGUGCUGGUGCUAUGCGACAACCGUCUGACUGAGCUGCCCGAGUCCAUCUGCAGCCUGCCGCGGCUGCGCACCCUGCUGCUGCAUGCUAACCAGCUGUCCACCCUGCCCGGCUCCAUCGUCCGGCUGCGCGCCCUCAAACAGCUGAGCCUGCGAGACAACCCGCUGGUGCGCGACUUUGUGGGCACCAUCGAGUACGAGCCGUCGUCUCUGUUGGAGCUGGCGGCGCGCUGUGUCAAACUGCACAACAUCCCGUACGGACCGGGCGACCUGCCCGCGGCGCUCAUAGAACACCUGGCCUCAGCCAAACACUGCGUCAACAAACGCUGCAAGGGCGUGUUCUUCGACACUCGCGUGGAGGACGUACAGUUUGUGGAUUUCUGCGGCAUGUACCACAUCCCGCUGAUGCGCUACCUGUGCUCGUCCAACUGCGAGCGGCUUCAGGUGACCGAGCGGGGGCAGCGCUCCGACGAGUCCGAUUCGGAUGACGAGGUCGGAGGCUGGCGGCAGCGCCGGCUCCGACGCGUCCUGCUCGGCUAGCUGCUCCUGCUCAGGUUGGCUAGCUACCAGAGCUCGGGUCGGCUAGCUGCUCCAGCUCUGCUAGGAUCGGCCAGCUGCCCCGGUUUUAGUCGGCUACCCGUUCCGCCUCUGUUCGGCUAAGAUCGGUGUGUGACCUACAUGCCCCUCCCCUCCGGUCAGCGAAAAGGCCUGAGGGGCUGGAACGCGCCAGACACUGCAAGUUACGGACCGAUCACUGCUCUAAUAUGGGAGGUGUGUGGAGUGUUACCAGAUAACCCGUGUGACCGCCGGGCGCGUUGGUGUGUGCCGUGGUGUUACUGAAGUUUGGCGGUGAAGGUGGUAGUGGCUGCGGCCCGGGUCGGGCUGCCGCUGGCUGUUUGUGGUGCUGUUUUGGGCCGGUGGAGGUCGGGGGAUGUGUGGUGCUACGUGAAACUGUGUUGUUAGGCCGUUUUAGCGGUGGUUUUGGCUGCUUUUGAGCUGCCCGCGACAUGACACAAGUGGGCUCUAUACGAGAGUUAACGCAAAGGGCUUCCCGCUCGAUACAAUCGCACGCCCAAUCGCUAUAAGUCACUCUCUGCUGCAGAAGUUUAUCAGACCAUGACAAUUUUCUUUGUCGUGCUAAGUGUAAAUGGCAAUUACCAUUGUCAAACUUGGUAAGAAAAUGGUUGUUAUUUUCCUGUAUGCCUGGUGAUAUUCCGUGUUCAGAUUUAGCCAUCGUUCAACCUGUAUUACGGAUUACUGAAUCUCGGCACGUGAAUAACCUCGGCUGGGCGAAUGUUACGCGUUUUUUUUCGCGAAUGGCUGUUAUCCAAGAUCCGUAUAGCUAAAAGAGAGCGGCGAUCGGAUCGAACUCGCAUUAGUGCCUUGCGCGGUUAUAGGAAGUACUCUGACUUAGGAUACGUUUUAAUCGUCGACACAGAGGAUUUGGUGCUCGUCUAGUCUUCCAUAGUGCAGGUCCUUCCUGCAGAGAGAUAUGUUGUUACUAGCGUUGUUAGGUGAAAUGGUAGGGCAUCAGGUAUGCUCCUCUCCCCACGGUCAGGUGUGGAUGGUGUGGUACCGUCGCGUGGUGGUUGAUGGCUAUGUGGAGGAUUGAGCUCCCGUACUCGUGUGGUGUGGAUGGUUAUGUACCGUUGCUGGGUUGAGGUUAAGGUCACUUGAAGUUAAGGAUGCAAAUUCGGUUUUUAAAGCUGGAUUAUAUUAGUUAGUGAAAAAGUUUGCCCCCGGCGUUAACUUAGAUACGAUCGCACGCACCCCGCAAAAUAUCCGACUGGGAGCGUUGUGCUGAAGUCUAUUGCGGGAUUUGACGCUGUUAAACUCUUUGUGCGUCGUCGGACUCCACUGACGCCCACGGCUCUGCCGCGGCGAGUUCUGUGGCAGGGGCUCCGUCUGUCGGGGACGCCUGCCUCACCCGGAAUAUACCAGCAGUGAAACACUGCGGGCGCCGGGCAGUGUACUACGAUCGGCAAACUGUGGUAACCCAUUGGUGGAAUGAGACAAAAUACAUGGUCUCUUGAGGUU